CUGGUUUUUAGCAGGUCGCGUCGCCUUACACAACUUGUGGAGUUGCAGAAAAAACCUCUCACCUACAUGUGAAAAAGCAGAGAGCAGCUCCACCAGGCCUGAAACUGUGUGAAAACAAUCCCCUGGAAUAAACAUGACGGCGGCUGGGAAUAACCGAGUGCCCACCUGGGAGAGAAAGGCGCGCCUGUUUCUGUGCGUUUUCGGGUUGGUUUUGUCUGUUUACGCGCUUCAUGUGGAGCUUUCCCGGGAGAGCAACCCCGAAUACAGGGCGAUGUGCGACCUGGGGGAGUCUGUGAGCUGCUCCAAGGUUUUCACCUCCAGGUGGGGUCGUGGUUUUGGUUUGGUCCAGUUCUUCGUGGACAAAGACAGCCCUCUGAACCAACCCAACAGUGUCCUGGGCAUCAUAUUUUACACCCUGCAGCUGGGCCUCGGACUGUCGGUCUCCACCAGAGCAGCCUUGUUUUUGGUCUUCUCCUCCUGGGUGUCUGUGGCAGGCUCGCUCUAUCUCGCAUCUAUCCUUGCCUUUGUUCUGGGCGAUUUCUGCAUGGUCUGCGUGUCAACAUAUAUCAUCAACUUUGCCUUGCUCUUCACCAAUCUGAAGAGAAAGGGAGCACUUGAAGGAGUAAAGGAGAAAUCUGGAUAGAGAAUGAAAAUGAGCCUUGCGGUGAAUUUCAGCGCCCUCUUCUGUCUGCUGCUUGCUGCCACUGGAUAAGAACAACAACUUCUCUAUGAAAUGGAGAAAAAUCAGCACACUGUGUCUGUCGCUGCCGAGGUGGAUUUGUUACCACCAAAGUGUGACAUUUUGAGCCUUAUCAAGCUCUGAUCAAACAAAAGCCUUUGUCUGAUUCUGUUGCUGCUUCAGUUCUGCACCUUUGAUUAAUACUGGAUGUGUUUUUCUUGCAAACAACAAAUUCUCUCGUAGAGUAUUUCUGCUGUUUCCACCUAAGGACUUUCCAUAGACCAAAACCUAAAGUACAUUACUCCACUUUGUCCAACAAACAGACAGCUGCUUUUGCAUCUCACAUGUGAUUUUGACCGAGAACACUGAUAAAGUCGCAGCCAUUUUCGUAUUUUCUUGUACACUCAUGCUGAUCAUCUGUGUCUGCAUUAUUGAUUACUACCUCUUGCCUGAUGUGACGGUGAUGAUGUGAGAGUUUUCACUAAGCAGGCCUUCAUCCCGAUACAGACGUGUAAUUGGUAGCAGUGUUGUUUCUAUAAUGCAGUUUCCCUGUCUCACCAGUAGGUGGAAGCAAAUCUCUUUUUCUCAUAAUGCAAUGGCUCAUAAAUGUGGUAAAAAAAACAAAACCAAAGAAA